UCAGGCCAAUCAGCAGGAAGUGAAGAGGUUUCAAAGAUGCGUCGUCAGCAGACCAGAUAUCGUAGCGAUUCCAUCGCCAGUCCGUUGGGUAAUCGCAAGCCCUCCAUUUCGGUGGCCAGUCCAUCGCCAUUGGCCAGUGGCUCGCCCACUCGUCGCGAGUCCUUGGUGAAGCCCACCUGGCAGCACAUUACACCGGGCCAAUUGCCGCCCAAGACGCUGGACAAGAUCAACGGCAUUGCCUCGGACGAUUCCGACGACGAUGGCUAUCCGAAGCGGCGACCCAGUGUGAUUGUCCACCAGCGCCAGCAGUCCAUCUCCCAGCAGCCCCUGCUGCCGGAAUACAUGACCUCGGCAUCCAUAUUCCGGGAUCAGCCACCACAGACAUCGCAUCAUCUGCCAUCUGGCAAUGGUUUCAUGGCCCGUUUAAAUAGCGUGCGAUUGGCCGCUGGAGCGGAGCAACAGCCACUCCUGGAUUCCGGAGGAGGAGGAGGAGGCGCAGGAUCUGGUGGUGGUGAAACCACAGUGGCCAGGCCAUCUGUUGCGCCUGCUCCACCUGCUCCGGGGCCGGGAAACGAGGGAGCCAGCGCCACGCUCUGCAAGAACGCCGGACGAGCACUCAUCCGCAUGAUUUCAUCAUCCAACAAUGCGCCGGAGGAGGAGGACGACUUCGACAUCAUGGGCAAGGUCAUAAUGCUGGGCGAUUCGGGAGUGGGCAAGACCUCACUUUUGAUCCGUUUCCGCGAUGGUCGCUAUGUGCCGAGCUAUUUCCUCAGCACGGUCGGCAUUGAUUUUAGGAACAAAGUGGUCGUCGUCGAUGGCACCCGCGUCAAGUUGCAAAUAUGGGACACAGCCGGACAGGAGCGAUUCCGUAGCGUAACCCACGCUUACUACCGCGACGCCCACGCUCUGCUGCUGCUGUACGACGUGACCAACAAGACCACCUACGACAACAUACGCGCCUGGCUGGGCGAGAUCCGGGAAUACGCGCAGGAGGACGUGGUCAUCGUUUUAAUAGGAAACAAGGCUGACUGCAGCGGCAGUGAGCGGCAAGUGAAGCGGGAGGAUGGGGAACGCCUGGGGCGGGAGCACAACGUCCCCUUCAUGGAGACCUCGGCCAAAACGGGACUCAAUGUAGAACUGUCCUUCACAGCGGUGGCCAGGCAACUGAAGAGUCGCGGUUACGAGCACGGCGAUGAUGGAAAGUUCAAUGUGCAUGAUUUUGUGCGUGAUAAUACAAAGGCGCGCUCGGUUUGCGGUGCCCAAUGCAGGAACAUGUAAUUGGCCAGCUCGCGAACAAUAAAAGCCAUAUCCUCCCGAUCCCGCGCACAAAGACAACAAUAAACCGGCAGUCAGAUCAAAGGGAAGUGGGGCACUCAGAAGGAUACAGAAUACGGAUGGGAAAUGUAUGAUGGAGCACGUAAGGCAGAGUCGAACUUCUGCAUUUAAUGAGACACACUCGAAAAACAAAUUCACACAAAGACAUAAGAUGGCACCAAUUUUGUAAGACCCUAGCGAGGAGGUAGAGUAUUCGGUAUGUUUUGUAUGUAAAUGGGAAUUUCGGGGCGGAACGGGACGCGAUAAGCAUAAUUUUUUUAGGGCAGGCCACUGGCAUUGAGGCGUAAAUAGGCCAAAUGCAUAAAUAUUGAACAAUAUAUAUAUAUAUACAAAUAUCCAUAUACAACUGCAUAAAUUACUUUAUCGGGAGAAAGCAGAAGAAACGCAGCAAAAUCAUGCAACAUUGAGAUUUAUCCAGCACGCCGUUGGACUUCGCGGAGGAUCGAGAAAAUUCAUAUAUACCUACCGAAACCCAGAGGAAAUCUCGAGAAGUACCAAAUCCAAUUAAUGAGAAACAAUCACUCAAUUUACCUACUAUUACUUUUAUUGUUUUACUCCUAAUUGUUAAGUGUUAUGGCCUAUCGUUAAGUUUUAGGCCCACUUGAGGCCCCUGGAAAUUAUUUACAAGCCCCACUAAUGAAUAUCCUACGCAACUAAGUUAAUUAAUACACCUACGUUUAAUCUAUGUAAGCCCAAACCAACCCAUUCGAACAUAUUUUGAAAAGAGCGCCAAGGCGAAGGUUGCGAAUAAUCAAAGGCAGUUGAACCUAUUACUAUACUGAGCUACUACAGCAAAAGAAUCCGACGCAUGCAUAUAUCACGGCAUGGAUGUAAACUAGCUACUAAACAGCGUUAUAUUCAAGCAGACGUCAAGUCUAUACCAUAAACAGCAAAUACAUAUUUACAUUGAAUGUGGUUUAAAAAAAGAAAAACAA